AUGGCGACCUCUAUAUCCCCCGCCGAAGCUCUUGCGACAGUCCAACAGCUCCAACAAGGAGAAGACGCAGAGUCUAGCACUUUAGCGAUUCUGCGUAUUAGCGAACCUAUAACAUCCUCUCUGGACAUUGACGGAAUACCACGAUCGCCUUCAAAGCGCACUUCUGAUGUGUCGACAGAUUCUCUAGAAAAUCCGACGCCCGUGUCGUUGGAGGCGGACUUGACACAUUAUAAAGAAUUAUUCUCAAAGCUUCGCUUCUCAUAUCUUGAACAGGUCACAAAAGAGAAAUUUCUUCGUGGAAUUGUUGGCGACCCGCCACUGAUUGUUGGGCACAAUGAAAAUGUAGAUUUGGAAGCGGAGCUAGUAUCGCAAAAGCAGCAAUUGCAGCAACGAAAAGAAGAUGUCAGGGUUAUGGUGGAAGAGAUGGAGAAAACUGGAAGGGAACUGGCUAGACGCUAUAAAAACGUGCGAUUGGAAACGACCAGAUUAUCCGAAUUGCCAGAUGAGAUUGCAAGAUUGGAGAAUACUAUCACAUCACUGAAGGAAACCCACUCUGCAUAUUCCUCAGCCGCCACGAACCCCAAAGGCCCCUCCUCUUCUUCUCAGAACCUUUCUCUAGCAGCUACAUUAUCGCUGUUGGCCGAUCGCGAAGCUGAGUUAGCGGCGAUUGAUCGCCAAUUAGCUUCUUUGCACAACACUCUUCCGCGCAAGACACGGGAGGCAGAGGCAAUGGAAAGAGAGCUGGGUGUCUUGGAGCGGAGGAAGGUUGAGGCUAUUGGCCAGGCGCGAGAAGCGGAGAGGAAAAAGCUUGAAGGCGAAAGCGAUGGCUUAGAAGAGAUGGGAAGAUGGUAUCGUGGUGCGGAAGCCAACUUGAAGAAAUUGAUCAAUGUUGAAUGA